ACACGAUCAACGAAUGUAUCCUGAAUCGUUGAUACGAUAGCUACAAGGAGGUUGCUGAUCUCAUGGCUGAUCUACAUUAUACUCUUCACAAUAGCAGUUAAGUGAAGACCAGUGGACUCAUUGUCAGUGGGCAUAAAGCACAGAUAUGGGAAUCUGGAGAUGCAAUCAACUGGCACAGCAACAGUGAACUUGCGGUGAACAAGCGAACAGAUUCUCGACUUGAAUACCCACUCUUCAACAUUCCACGUGACACUGAUGGCUGUACAUACGCGAAAAUACUUGAGCAUGAAGCGAGCAUUCCCUGUAUGUGAAACUCCACGCAUACGAUUCCAUGCAGGCUGCUGAUACCACCCAUACAUACAACGUCGGACGCGUGUGAAAUCAAGUUGGCGGACCGCGGCUAUGAGUGUUAUCGUAUCGUCGUGUCGUCUUGUGACUGGCGUAAUUUCCUUGAUAUUGUUUGUUAUCAAAGUAUAGUAUGUAUGAAGCACUUUGAUUACAUCCUAGAUUAAUCAGCUGUGCCGUUCAUAACAGCUUGAUCGAACUCCGUACUGUCGUGCUUCAAGUGACAAACAAAUUUGUGAAAAACAAAAUAAAAGUAAACGUCGUCUAGCCGAGUACGAUUGAGAUUGUCGUGGUGGAUGAAUAAUUAGGGGAACGCAGCGUCCGGAUUCGAGGUGAUAAAAAAUUGACGUGUCGUUAGGAUGGAACGAGUGGUUCGGCUAAUCGUGAAGGCCCCGAAUCAACAGAUCGAGGAUCAAAUUAUUAAGUGUGACUCAGGGUGGACUGUCGGGUUACUGAAAAAUCACCUCGCGGAAAUUUAUCCAAGCAAACCAAAGUUUUCCGAGCAAAAGUUGAUCUACUCUGGUCAACUACUCAAUGAUUCCGUUCUUCUGAAAGAUGUCCUGCAUCAUUACGGAAGUGAAGAUCUUGCUACUGAUCAAUCUUACACAGUACAUCUAGUCUGCACACCAAUCAAAUCUACAUAUAUGGAGAAGCUGCUCGGAUCACCCGGGGGCAAUCAAGGGCUUGAUGUAGGGGCGGCACAGUCCACCGCCACUCCUGAACCAGUGCCGAUAGUCAGAUUACAGAGUUCUAGUCAUGAGAAUGAAGACGUUGAUAAUCUUGGUUCACAUACUACUCAGUCAAAUAUCACUCAGAGGUACUACAAUCAGCUCAAUAGUCAGCAAAUGGCAUGGAUGCAACAGGCUUAUACGCAUUAUAUUACCCAGUACAUGCAGCUCAUGGCUGCUCAAGGAGUUCAACUGCAGAGCAGUAUUCCAUACAUACAGCCAUUGAAUAUGAAUGCGAACAUACCAAACAACAAUAACGACGACAAUGGUCAGCGAGCACCAGGACUUGGUUUAGGGCCAGCAAUCGAUCCCAUAGAGGCAAAUAAUCUCAACAACAAUGCGGUGGUUGCUGAAGAAAGGGGAGAUGGCGGAAUCGGACUAAACCGUGAUUGGCUAGACUUUUUUUAUAUGCUGUCGCGAGUCAUCGUUUUGUUCAGCAUUGUUUACUUUUACUCCUCGCCUCUGAGGUUCCUUAUUGUUACCUUUCUGGGGUUUGCCGUCUACUUAUACCAGGGUGGAUUCUUUCGAGUGCAGCCGAACUUAUUGGUCGAUAACAACAAUGUUCGUGUAGAUAACAAUAAUCAAAUUCUACAAAACGAGGCGGUUGGAGCUCAGGCCUUACCCCCACGGCAGCCACCUCCAGCUCCCCAAACAGACACACGCGUUCAUCCAGAUCAAGAAAAUGACGGCCAGAGGCCUGGAGUACUGGCAUUUGCUUGGACAUUCUUUAGUUCAUUCUUUGCAUCUUUAAUACCUGAUCAACCUAAUGUCGUCUGAUUUAAUACAAUUCUUUUUUCUACUAUUGACUCUCGUAAAUUAAUACAAAUCCGUUCUUCAAAUAAGAUUUGAAACAAUGCAUUGGCGCGAGAAGAAAAUUGUCACACAUCGUUGAUAUCGCGUUGUUUGUUUGAAACCCAUAUUUCCGAUAUUCAAUGCAUUCAGGUCAAACGUUGACACCUCCUACAAAUCUCAUUGCUUGAGCAUGAAUUUGAAUCGAAUAUUUGGAUUUCAAUUACACACCUUACACGUCGACGAGGUCUAUCAUGUAUGUAAAAGCGUACAACUCGGUGUACGCUCAACGGGUUAACUUACGAAUGUACAAAUCGAUUUUUAGAAUAAGUCGAGAGUCAUAGCAGAUGUAUUAUUUUUUAAUUUGUUCGGAAUAAUACACAGGUAGGGUCGCAGAAAUUGUACAUAACUAUACGAAUACACAUACCUAAUGCAUAUAGUAUACACAAAUGUCACAUAUGAUAUGUAUCAUAGUUGUAACAACGCUUUAAAAUAAAUGUUGAAAGCUUAUUGUAUGUA